UGGGAGCGACCAGUUUGGCCAGGCUGGCUGGACCUCCAGAAAUCGACCUCGGUCCUCCGGCUGGGGCCCAGGGGCCCAGAGCAGGGCAGGUGCUGGCCCUGUCCCAAAGUGGGCAGAGGCCCAGGUCACCCACUCGGCAUGCAGGGGUCCCAGGAUUUCAAAGGGAGCCAGCAGACUCUUUUAGCUACACCAUUUGAAGCCCCAUCUUGGAGACACUUUCCCUUGGAGGAGAUCAGACCCAAGCUCCCAACGCCUGGUCCUCUCGUCUCUUGCAGAGAAGCCAGGCUCCUGGGGGACCCGGAUCAUUGGGGGCCAAGAGGUGGUCCCCCACUCUCGGCCCUACAUGGCAUCCAUACGCUUCAGCGGCCAGCACCACUGCGGAGGCUUCCUGCUCCGGGCGCAGUGGGUGGUCUCCGCCGCCCACUGCUUCAGCCACAGAGAUCCCCGGAUGGGCCUGGUGGUGCUGGGGACCCACGCCCUGAGUGCUGCGGAGCCCACGCAGCAGGUGUUCAGCAUCGCGGCUGUGGUCAGGAACCCCAACUACCACCCCACGACCCACGCCAACGACAUCUGUCUGCUGCAGCUGAACAGCUCUGCUGUCCUGGGCCCUGCCGUGGGGCUGCUGGGGCUGCCAAAGCAAGGCGCCAGGCCACCCAAGGCUGGGACACGGUGCCGGGUGGAUGGAUGGGGCUUUGUUUCGGACUUCGAGGAGCUGCCGCCCGGGCUGAUGGAGGCUGAGGUCCGAGUGCUGGGCCUGGACAUCUGCAACAGCUCCUGGAAGGGCCAGCUGAGCCCUGCCAUGCUCUGCACCCACAGUGGGGACCGCCAGAGGCGGGGCUUCUGUUCGGCAGACUCUGGGGGUCCCCUGGUGUGCAAGAACCGGGCCCAUGGCCUUGUCUCCUUCUCGGGCCUCUGGUGCGGCGAUCCCAGGACCCCUGAUGUGUACACGCAGGUGUCUGCUUUUGUGGCCUGGAUCUGGGACGUGGUUCGGCAAGGCAGCCUCCAGCCCAGCCCUGUGCCUGGGACCACCAGGCCUCCAGCAGGAGCUGCCUGAACCACAGACUCACUGGGUAUACGGGCCUGAAAUAUUCCACGGCUGCUGCACUAGGGGGUCUGUGGGGAAGCCUGGCGUGCAGGGUGCGGGUGGGCUGAAUUGAACCAAGUAAAAUGUUAACCAACUAACCAGA